AUGCCGUCACCAACAAGGCAGCAGACGCCAACGUACACCGACUUCAUCGCCUUCAUGCAGCAGAUGCAGAAGGACCAACAAAACUUCCAGAAGAACAUGGUCGACAUGAUCAGGACUCUGACAAGCAGCAACGUCUCCAGCCAAGCAUCCAGCCCCUCAAUCGACGUCUAUGGUCUGCUGAUGAACGAAAUAGAAUCGUUCAACUACGACGCGGACGGGACUUCGACCUUCGACGACUGGUUGUGUCCGCGGUAGCCCAAAGUCGAAGUUGAAUGAGCAGGUUUAUCCGUAGAAUGAAGAAGUGUCGCUUCACUCCUCCCGCCAUCGUCAGAGGAAUGGGUCAAGGUUCGGACGACGCUCGACCACGCCAUCUGAACAUCAACCUCGACGAUUCGCCAAGAAAGUCGCAUUUUCGGAAACCGAAGAUGCGCGAACAUACUUGA